CCGAAUAGCUCGGCGGCCCGACGAACUUAGCCACUUCGCCUACUAUCCGUGCUGAGUCCGGUCUCUUGAUCUCUCUCCCCUCCUCGGAAGUCUAUCAUCUCCUCUCAUCCCCUUCCUUCGCCGCCGAACAUAACAACAAGACAACUGCUGGGUCCUCCGAGACCACUAUCGACGACGACAUGGCGGGAAAAAUGGUGUUAUAUAAACUGGUAGUGCUUGGUGACGGUGGUGUCGGCAAAACAGCUUUGACUAUUCAAUUAUGUCUACAGCAUUUCGUUGAAACGUAUGAUCCGACAAUCGAGGAUUCGUAUCGUAAGCAGGUCGUCAUAGAUGGCCAAGCCUGUAUGUUGGAAGUUCUGGAUACGGCUGGCCAAGAAGAGUACACGGCCUUGCGGGACCAGUGGAUCCGAGACGGCGAGGGGUUCGUAUUAGUAUACAGCAUCUCCUCUCGGUCGUCCUUCUCGCGAAUCAAGAGGUUCCAUCAUCAGAUCCAACGCGUCAAGGAGUCAUGCUCGGCGUCGCCCACAUACCCUGGCUCGCCGAUAGCUACCGCGACGCCACCCAGCGCCGUCCCCAUCAUGCUUGUCGGUAACAAGUGCGACCGGGUAACGGAGAGAGAAGUGUCAACCCAAGAAGGCCACGCCCUAGCGCGCGAGUUGGGGUGCGAAUUUGUCGAGGCAUCGGCCAAGAACUGCUUAAACGUCGAGAAGGCGUUCUACGACGUCGUCCGGAUCCUGCGCAGGCAACGACAAGCGGCAUCGCGGCCGCUGCCGCCGUCGGGCCGCCCGCGUCCGCAGAACGGAGACCCUCACCUCCAUCGAGAGCCCUCCGACCGAUACAGGCGGAGCCGCCGGGGCGGUGGCAAUUCGGGACGUUGCGUUAUAUUAUAAUGAGGUCCUCCUAUCCCGACUAUUACCUACGUGCCCGAGCAUUCGCGACCGACAAUCUAAGGACUAGGAUUACUGAAAGAAGUAUUGUGUCACAUCGAAGCGCACCGGACGUUCUGGAUCAACCUGUCCGGCCGAAGAUUAAA